AUGACGACAUAUGACGAGUAUGGCGUUCCCGUCGGCGCAUACUCUGAGCCAGAGAGUUUGACAUACCAAGCCUGGAGGCUUGCCCGAGCAUUCUACCUGUACCGGAUACGCCCUGCCGUGCAGGAGAGGCGGAAUGCCCUACGCAAUUCCACAUGGAGUCCCCGCCAGCUUUUUAGUCUGGUGAAUGCGCUCGUCGUGGUGUGGUGGGUUGUCCUGUACUGGGGUGAGCGAGGCGUCUUCAACAGCGCCAUCGAGAGCUGCAACUGGGACAAGUGGGAAGACUGGGAAGCCGGCGCAAACCCACACAGGCUCAUCUUUGUCGCCGACCCGCAGCUCAUUGACCCACAUACGUAUCCUGGCCGCCCGUGGCCUCUGAAUCCCUUGGCCUACAAGUACACCGACCUCUAUCUACGGCGAACGUACUCGCGCUUCCAGACCGUUCUCUACCCCGAUACCAUCUUUUUCCUUGGCGACCUCUUUGACGGCGGUCGUGAGUGGUCGACGCGCACAACUACCUCGCCCGAGCAGCAAUACCGCAGAUAUGGCAACGACUUUUGGCAGAAGGAAUACAUGCGUUUUAGCGAUUUGUUCUUCAAGCAUUGGGGUGAUGGAGGCAUGGACCCACGGCCGGGGCAGCCAGGGAGGAAGCUCAUAACCAGUCUGCCCGGCAACCACGACCUGGGAUUCGCAAGAGGCGUGCAGAUUGGGGUGAGGAAUCGCUUCAAUGCCUAUUUUGGUGACGGGAACAGGAUCGAUGUCAUUGCAAAUCAUACGUUUGUCUCAAUUGACAGCGUAUCGCUGAGCGCACUUGGCCAGGAUUCACCGGAGCAAGUGGAAAACAUCUGGCGACCUACAAAGGACUUUCUCGAGGAUGCAAAGAAGCGCAAGAGACGGCUUGUACAACGCGAACUCCGCGCCCAGCAGGGUCUGAGGCCAUACCCCGGCAUGCCCCAUUACGAUAUUAAAGCGGAGGAUUUGGCAAAGUCUCAGCUCCCACAUGCAAACGACGAUGUGACUGAGUUCCCAACCAUUCUCCUUUCACACGUCCCACUCUUCCGCCCGCCAGGUACGCCCUGUGGUCCUCUUCGCGAACACUGGCCCCCAACUCCUCCUCUACCCGGCCAACCCCCUCUCGAACACGACGACCGCAAUGCCAUUUCCGUGCGCGGCGGCUACCAGUACCAAAACGUGCUCAACCGCGAGAUCACAGCCGACAUCGCCGAAAAGGUCGGAGACAUCCGCUAUGCCUUCUCGGGCGAUGACCACGAUUACUGCGAGGUCCUCCACAAAGCCUACACCAGCGCCGGCGGCGGUAUCCGCGAAAUAACCGUCAAAAGCAUCAGCUGGGCCAUGGGCGUCCGCCUCCCAGGAAUCGUCCUCCUCUCCCUCUGGAACCCCGUCGACUCGCACGGCAACCCCAAAUCCGGCGACGCCAGCAAAACAGUCCAAUCUAAACUCUGCAUUCUCCCCGACCAAAUCGGUACCUUUCUCAAAUACGGCCUCCUCUUCGGUUUCACCUUUCUCCUACUUACACUCCGCGCCGCUCUCCUAGCAUCAGGCAUCUUACCCACCGCCCCCGAAGCACCAGACCUUCCUCUCCUCCCCACCACCACCACAACCACCACUAACGCAUCUCCGUCCAUGUCCAUGUCCUCUGCCGAACACGAAAAAUCAACAGCUCAAUACCUGCCCGCUGCCUCGGAAUACGAAACUCACUCCUCGCACUCGUCCACGUCGUCGGAUCGCAGUACGGUUAAUAAUCCUGGUGUGCGCACUACGAGAGCGCAUACGAGGAGUAAUAUCGCAAUGGAGAAUGAGGAUAGUAAACCGAGGAUUUAUGGGAGUUAUCAAGAUGCUGCUGCUGGUGGUGUGACUACGGCAAAGACUGCAAGGAGGGGAAGGAAGAAAGGUGGUUUUGAGAUUUUUGGGGGGGAGCUGAGGGGUGGAUUGGCGACGGUGGUUUUGUGGGGAGGUUUGUGGUAUGUUUUUCUGGUUUGGAGGGGAUGA